ACACCCCCUGUGGGUGCCCACUGGGACCCUGGCAGGGUGAGGGUCUCCCUGGCUGUGCCCUGUGGGUGCCAGCUGGGACCCUGGCAGGGUGAGGGUCUCCCUGGCUGUGCCCUGUGGGUGCCAGGUGGAACCCUGCCAGGGUGACCGUCCCUCUGGCUGUGCCCUGUGAGUGCCUGCUAGGACCCUGGCCAGGUAGGUUCACUAGACAGGCAGGCCUGUCUGUAGAUUGGUCCUCCUUCCUCCCCACUGUGCUGCCCUGAAGCUUGGUCUGCCAGGGGCUUGUGUUAUCAGCAUAGCAGUUAUGUGAGUGCUCCAGGUACCAUAGUGAAUACUCCCUGUUUUAACCCUUUGUAUGCCCUGGGUCUUUGUGCUGGGGUCUUGUUUUGUGUGAAGGUUGAAGGUGCCAGGCUGAAGCCCCAGAGACCAGGUCUAGCUCAGCCAGUGCCAGGGCAAGCUCUCUUCUCACUGUGCUCCCUGGAUGUGCCCCUCACUGACAGCUGUGAAGGGAACUCUGUCUCUACCGCCACCCCCCUUCUUGGCCUUUGUGCUGAGGCUGCCCAUAAGGGGCUGGUUUGUGCCCACACGAUGGCUCCAUGGGGAGAUCAGGCUGAGAACCCACCAACUCGGCCACCUUUGAACUGAUAUCCUGCCGUGCCCUACUUGGUUUUUAGGAGCCCCCAGCUAACAGAGCUUUUCAGGGCCGUGUGCCAGCGCUGGGGAGCGGCUGCCCCACACCAAUUUCCAUUCCAGGUCUGUGGGCCAAGGGCUUGUUCUGUAUUUAAACAGACAUGUCAUUCAUGGCUGGGAAGCAGAACUGGGUGUCAGUGUCUGUGGUUGGCUGGGGAAUGUGCAGCUUCCUGUGAGGUGCUUGUGAAAGAGGCUGGACAGUGUCUCUGGGGCCUCAGUCAGAGCAGAGUCUCUGAGUUGAUCCCCAGGCAGGGAGGAGACGCAGAGCACAGGAGCUCGACGGGCAUUGAUGCUGGGCAGGGGUGUUCAUUCAGGAAGGAAGCAGGAGGGGGUCUGGACCGGACGUAGUUGCAGAACGUCCACCAUGACUCUGGGCCUAACUGUCUGGCCCUGGGUCCUGUUCUGCCUCGGAGCCAUCCUGCCCUCAAGAGGGCGCAGUUGGGAGAGUGCAUCCGCCAGCCCCCUUCUCCAGCACGAGCCAUUUGUGGUGGUGUGGAACAUGCCCACGGCCCGGUGCCACCAGCGCUUUGGGGUUGCCCUGCCUCUCGAGGACUACGCCAUCGUGGAGAACCAAGGCAAUGCAUUCCAGGGCCAGAACAUGACCAUCUUCUACAAGAACAAGUUUGGACUCUACCCCUACAUCUCCCCGGAGGGCAAAUACUACAAUGGGGGGAUCCCCCAGAAAGUCCGCCUCAAGCAGCACCUAGAGAGGGCCACGGCGGAGAUCACCCAGCUCCUGCAGCCAGACUUCCAUGGGCUGGCCGUGGUUGACUGGGAGGAGUGGAGGCCGCUGUGGAGACGGAACUGGGGCCCUAAGGCAGUGUACAAGGAGGCCUCUGAGCAGUGGGUCUGGGAGAGGUUCCCAGACAUGCGUGCCAAGAAGCGAGUCUACUUGGCUGAGGUAGAGUUUGAGGGAGCAGCCCAAGAGCUCAUGGAGAGGACGCUGGAGCUGGGGAAAGAGCUGAGGCCCUGGGGUUUGUGGGGCUUCUACAGGUUCCCUGACUGUUUCAACGAUAACUGGAUGAAGGGGGGGAAUUACUCGGGGGAGUGCAAUGCCAUGGAGGUGCUGCGGAACAACCGGCUCAUGUGGCUCUGGGAGGCCUCUACCGCCCUCUACCCAAGCAUCUACCUCCCACCCAAGCUUCCGCCAGCCAAGCGCCAGAGCUAUGUUCACCACCGCCUGCAAGAGGCCUUCCGCGUGGCACGAUUUGGCCUGGAGCAGCCCUUGCCGGUGAUAGCAUACUCCCGAAUCUCCUAUCGGCACUCCACCAGGUACCUGUCCGAGGCUGACCUGGUCCAUACGAUCGGGGAGAGCGCGGCGCUUGGCGCCACCGGCCUGGCACUGUGGGGGGACAACUCCUACUCCCGUUCAGCCGAGAGCUGCAGGAGCCUCCGCCGUUACAUCACCCACACCUUGGGGCCCUACGUGGUGAACGUGACGUCAGCAGCCCAGCUGUGCAGCCGCCAGCUGUGUCACGGGCAUGGACGGUGUGUGAGGCAGCGCCCCGAUGAGCUGGGAGCCUUCCUGCACCUCAGCCCGCAGCAGUGGGGAGCGGACCCCGUGCUGACCAACUAUGUGGGCAUGGACGAGCCGGGCCAGAGGGCAUGGGGGCAGUUCUGCUGCCGCUGCUACCACGGGUGGACAGGAGCCAGCUGUGAGAAGCCAGGGUGGACUGAGCCCAUCAGGGGCCCGGACUGCAUUGCCCGGGCCCAUCAUCCUGACAUCUGCGUUGCAGUGCGGGACAGAAACACUGCGGGCUCCCAGAUCUGCCCUAAGUCUGCCUACGAGGGGAAGACAGAGCUCAGGUGACUGCCUGGAUCAGGGAGUGGUCCUGGGACCUCAGCAGGCUCAUAGACAUGGAACCUGGGGAGAAGGGAGCCUGUGGUGGCGGUGGAAAUUCCUGCACUGACACACCCUUUAUUCCUGGCUAGAUGGCUGGAUCUGCCACAGGAUAAUCAACAUAAGAAUCCAUCCUUCCCACCCACAAAUAAACAAUCAAUGAAUCCAUGCUGGGAUAGCCCGUUUAAAGGAGAAUCAUAGAAUAUCAGGGUUGGAAGGGACUUCAGGAGGUCAUCUAGUUCAACCUCCUGCUCAAAGCAGGACCAAUCCCCAACUAAAUCAUCUCAGCCAGGGCUUUGUCAAGCCUGACUAUAAAAACCUCUAAGGAAGGAGAUUCCACCACCUCCCUAGGUAACCCAUUCCAGCGCUUCACCACCCUCAAGUGAAAAAGUUUUUCCUAAUAUCCAACCUAAACCUCCCCCACUGCAACUUGGGACUAUUACUCCUUGUUCUAUCAUCUGGUACCGCUGAAAACAGUCUAGAUCCAUCCUCUUUGGAACCCUCUUUCAGGUAGUUGAAAGCAGCUAUCAAAUCUCCCCUCAUUCUUCUCUUUUGCCGAUUAAACAAUCCCAGUUCCCUCAGCUUCUCCCCAUAAAUCAUGUGUUCUGGCCCCCUAAUCAUUUUUGUUGCCCUCUGCUGGACUCUUUCCAAUUUUUCCACAUCCUUCUUGUAGUAUGAGGCCCAAAACUGGACACAGUACUCCAGAUGAGGCCUCACCAAUGUCAGAUAGAGGGGAAUGAUCACGUCCCUCGAUCUGCUGGCAAUGCCUCUACUUAUACAGCCCAAAAUGCCAUUAGCCUUCUUGGAAACAAGGGCACACUGUCAACUCAUAUCCAGCUUUUGUCCACUGUAACCCCUAGGUCCUUUUCUGCAGAACUGCUGCCUAGCCAUUCGGUCCCUAGUCUGUAGCAGUGCAUGGGAUUCUUCUGUCCUAAGUGCAGGACUCUGCACUUGUCCUUGUUGAACCUCAUCAGAUUUCUUUUGGCUCAAUUCUCUAAUUUGUCUAGUUCCCUCUGUAUCCUAUCCCUACCCUCCAGCAUAUCUCCCACUCCUCUCUGUUUAGCAUCAUCCACAAACUUGCUGAGAGUGCAGUCCACGCCAUCCUCCAGAUCAUUAAUGAAGAUAUUGAACAAAACCGGUCCCAGGACUGACCCCGGGGCACUCUGCUUGAUACCAGCUGCCAACUAGACAUGGAGCCGUUAAUCACUACCCACUGAGCCCGACGAUCUAGCCAGCUUUCUAUCCACCUUAUAGUCCAUUCAUCCAGCCCAUAUUUCUUUACCUUGCUGGCAAGAAUACUGUGGGAGACUGUAACAAAAGCUUUGCUAAAGUCAAGGAAUAACAUGUGCACUGCUUUCCCCUCAUCCACAGACCCAGUUAUCUCGUCAUAGAAGGCAAUUAGGUUAGUCAGGCAUGACUUGCCCUUUGUGAAUCCAUGCUGACUGUUCCCGAUCACUUUCCUCUCCUUUAAGUGCUUCAGAACUGAUUCCUUGAGGACCUGCUCCAUGAUUUUUCCAGGGACUGAGGUGAGGCUGACUGGCCUGUAGUUCCCCGGAUCUUCCUUCUUCCCUUUUGUAACGAUGGGCACUACAUUAGCCUUUUUCCAGUCAUCCGGGACCAACCCCAAUCUCCAUGAGUUUUCAAAGAUAAUGGCUAAUGGCUCUGCAAUCACAUCUGCCAACUCCUUUAACACCCUUGGAUGCAGCACAUCCGGCCCUAUGGAUUUGUGCUCGUCCAGCUUUUCUAAAUAGUUCCGAACCACUUUUUUCUCCACAGAGGGCUGGUCACGUCCUCCCCAUGCCUUGCUGCCCAGUGCAGCAAUCUGGGAGCUGACCUUGUUUGUGAAGACAAAGGCAAAAAAAAUCAUUGAGUCCAUUAGCUUUCUCCACAUCCUCUGUCACUAGGUUGCCUCCUUCAUGCAGUAAGGUGCCCACACUUUCCUUGACUUUCUUCGUGUUGCUAACACACCUGAAGAAACCCUUCUUGUUACUCUUAACAUCUCUUGCUAGCUACAACUCCAAGUGUGAUUUGGCCUUCCUGAUUUCACUCCUGCAUGCCUGAGCAAUAUUUUUAUACUCCUCCCUGGACAUUUGUCCAAUCUCCCACUUCUUGUAAGCUUCUAUUUUGUGUUUAAGAUCAGCAAGGAUUUCACUGUUAAGCCAAGCUGGUCACUUGCCAUAUUUACUAUUCUUUCUACACAUCGGGAUGGUUUGUUCCUGCAACCUCAGUAAGGAUUCUUUAAUCUUUAAUCCAUCUGGGAGGAGAUGCCCAGUCCCAGGCGAGUUCAUCCAGAGGAGAUCUAGCCUCGUGGAACACACCCAACAUGAGCCGCAUCAACAGAGACAGAACCAGGGCACCUUCUGUCCCCAAAGCACAUGCCCCAACCCCAUGGGCUAAAGGAGUAGCUCCUCCAUAAGUUGCUCCUUGUAGGAGGUUCUAGUUCUUAUCUCCUUUGAGGGCCAGGGCUAGUGACACUCAGUUGCCGUUAGAUCAGCAAGGAGCAGUCUCAUGCAUUAAGUCGCAGGCAGUGGGAGAGUUUGGUAGAGAGGAUGGUGCAGUUCAAAGGCCCCAAAUCCUCAGGAGGCAGCAUGACUCCCCAACCCCGGCCUCCUCCUUGCCCCUAGUUCCCCUACACCACCCCUCUCCGCCCCCAACAGCUGCAUUUCUGGAACAGGGCCAGCUGCACAUGUUCUUGCUGCCAUCUCAUGAGGGGCCCUGGCACUGCAAAGGGCUGGGAGUGGGCUGUGAUGGGCACCUCUGAGGGCCUCGGCCAUCAGAUGCUCUAGUGAGGAGAGCAAGCCAAGAGCCAUGGGCUCCUACGCACCUUUCCUUGGCAGCCAGUCACACCUUGCUGACUGCCCCUGGCUUUUGAUUCCCGAGCCCUUGGGGAUGGCUGAGCUCUGUGGCAUGGUCCCAUCUCUAUGUUCUACAUCCCUGGAAGCUCCACCGUGGUUUCUCCUCCCUAUGGCUUCAGCCCGGACGUGAUCACAUCCCCAGCCCCACUCCUACAGCUUCAAUUAAUGGCUGACUAAAACCAGUUCAUUAAGAUGACUUCAGAUGAGGGAAAGGAUUUCAGCCAAUCACAGUCCAGCAGUAUUUAUUAGGAUCCCAUCCCCAAAUUAAAGUGAAAAGCUUGUGCAUCCAAUCACACCAUGCCUUUUCCAUUCUGGCCACUCCCUCAAAUGGUUGUUCACUCUUUAGCCCUGACCCCAAGGAUGAAAUGAACCAGAAUGAUAUGUGUUACCUGAGUCCAUGUAAAUGCAAUAUAACUUAACUAAAGCCUUAACUGUGUAAAGCUGGUGUCUUUCUCUGCUGCCUCGACAAGCCCAGACAGGGAGCUUUGCUUAGAGGCUCUGUGACAGUUCCCGGGGGUACCCAGGGUUGUGAGGCCUCUUGCUACCACUUGCCCUUAGUGUGAGGAAACCUUGUCUGUGCUCACCAGGGGUCAACUCCCUGUCUCCGCCAGCCAUGCUGGCUCCGCUGUUCCUCAGUAGGUUAGUGAUAGGUUCUGGAGUGCCAAACCGCUGGCCCACUGGCCACUCGUGGGAUUCACGUUACAUCCCAACUCCCCCUUUGCACACAGCUCUGCUUCACACACGCAGCACUUAGACAUGUUUGUAGUGAACACGCUGAAGUGUAUUUACCAAAGAGCAGCAAAUCAA